GAACCGCUGGACACCCCGAGGAUCACCACCACCAGCUUGCUCAAGACUCGGACCAGCAAAGCCAGUGGGGCGCCCCGGAUGACCUCGACUCUGUGAUAGAGCUCCUCACAAAUCUCUCUCCAAACUGUUCCAAUAACAACUAUAACAGCAGCCACACCCCCAAGCAAACCGCGACGCCCACACCAGGCGAGGGAGAAACUCACACUAAGGCAGCGCCCUCGCUUCUGGAUGAAGAGGUAGGGUCGCCCUCCAGCACCAUCGACUCGCGAUCUUCUUCGAGAACGAGGUCAAGCGGGAGGUCUUCGGGCUCCGAGAGCGGUUUGCGGGACAGAGGAGUGUGGGUGGUUUGGUGUCCAGAGUGUGGCUACGAGGCGCAUGUCCCUCCAGGGGGCGUCGAGUGUUUCCCUCUGAACUAUGUCCUGCAGAAGCAGCUGGUCCUCGAAGCGCUCAACUCCUCUUCCACCACGGUAUAUUGCGACCUCUGUCAUGACGACGUCGUGGCCGAGGAGCGCUGCAACACAUGUCCCGUCAACUUGUGCCGCCUGUGUAGCCACGCCCAUACCCGCCAGCGCCGCACCACCCACCACGCCGUCAUUUCUCUUCAGGAAGCACGUAGUCUAGGUAUCCGCGAGGUAGCUCACACGCUUGUGUGUGCCACACACGGCGAGGGCGAGGUGGGGUGGUGGUGCCGGAGCUGCCACGAGCCUUUGUGCGCCGCCUGCCUCGCCACACUCCACCGCGGGCACCCCACACUCACCGUCGACCAGGAGGCACCCCAGGCUCGCAGGAACCUUACCACCCUGCUUGACAAGGCAUCCACGAGAAUGGAUGACCUCCUGAGCACAGUGGAGGAGCUCACGGGGGCGGCAGCCAGAGUGCAGCAGAGGGGCAAAGCCGUCGGAGACCAGGUCAACGCCUUCAUCGACGACUACAUCUUGGCCCUGGAGGAGCACCGCCACGCGCUCCUCAGGCAGGUGCGGCAGGCAUGUGAACGAGCACAGCGGGGGAUCGUGACGGAGUCGCAGCGGGCGGGGCAGAUUGCGUCGUGGCUCCGGCAGGGAUGCGACCUGACACACGACCUCCUAAGCCACGCGGGCGACGCGGAGGCGCUUGCCCUGGCGCCCCUCGUGACUCACAGGCUGCAGGCGCUGCUGGCCGAGCAGGUUCGCGGUUGGACGAGAUGGGAACGGCUCGCCCUACUGCGUGAACACCGCGCCGGCCGAGUCAGAGGUCACAAAAUCCAUGGCGUCAUAGCAGACGCCCCGGCCGACCCGGCCACCUCAAGACUAAAACCAUUGUGUGACGUGAGCAGUGUGUCUGCGGGGGCACGAGUCACGGCAUUGGUCGUGGCCCGGGACGCCGACGGGCAGCCCAUAACCCACGGUGGGGAGGACCUGCAUGCCGCCGUCCUCACGCGCGAUGGCAACGCCCUGUGCGGUUGCUCUGUCCGGGACCGCGAGGACGGUUCCUACGAAAUCACCUUCAGCCCCCCGGUGCCUUCCGCUGCCCUUCUGCACGUCACCAUCUUGGGCUUCCACAUUCAGGGCAGUCCGAUGGAGAUGACGGUGGUCUCCCACUCCCAGUCCGCGAGCACGGCCGCGGGUGACGCGAGCAGAGACGGAGCCUCGGGGCGGAGGCAUACGGGGGUCUUCCACUGCUGCACCUUUUGCUCUAGCGGCGGCGACAAGACGGCCACCUGCGCGUGCGGGGCGACCAUGCCAGGCGGCUAUCAAGGCUGCGGCCACAGCCACGCAGGGCACCCUGGCCGCAAGCACUGGUCCUGUUGCGCCCAGGCCAACCCCUCCUCUCCCUGCACGCGACCCCCAUCCCAGUAUUACCAAGUCACACUCUGAGGUCAACCCUGCCUUUGCUACCAGAACCGCUACCGUGUCGCACGUCCUCUUGGUAUUUCCAGGUCAAACCAUGUAACGAGUUCUGAGACAGGGACCGCCCACAACAGCCGCAAGGCUGGUGAAGAGAUUAUGCCGUAUGCUUACACCAUGGCGGCAGAAGCGCCUGCUGGCAAUCCUGCCACCACGGUAAGCAUCGAAUGUCAGAGAACAAAAUGAGCUGACACAGGCCGGGCCAUAUAUAUGGAAGGCCCGGGCGAAGCUAGAUCUUCGCUAAUCUCAAUUGUAUUGUAACCACACGCUACCACAACAACCAUCGAAACCUUUUACAAAACACUCCCGAGCAGUGUGUCAGACUACACUCCUUGGUAGAACAUCCUCGAGGCUGACUUGGCCAUCGCCGCCCGUCGACUGGUCCGUUGCGCCCUGCUCUGCCGCCUCCUUCCCGACGCGAGGGAAAUACCUUUUUCACUUCGGAACACAGGCCAUUACGCUUUUUGUAUGUGAUGAUUUGGAAAUGCGUUCGUGAGAGCUCGUGUAUUUUUUGUUACUUAAAUGUUGUAUAUGAAUAUAUAAUUAUCGUUCUGUUCUAUUGUGCUAUAAGUAAAAAGAUGUCUAUAAUGUCGUGCGUGUAAAUACGCUGUAUGUUUAAAUGAGUUACAUAUUG